CACAUCACCAAUGAGUAGGCCAUGUGCAGAUACUAAUGAACUACACAGAUAUUCAUUAUCUUCCGUGCGGCUUGCGUGUAAGACUUCCUCGGCUUGCUUGUCACUCCUCUUUCUCUCUCGUUCUCGCACACUGCUUGCAGUCCGCUGCCGUCUUGAUUUUGCCACAUACAUACUGAAAUGGAUUUGUCAGUAGAAGUUUAACGCUGUUCUGUAGAGUCAACUGUAUGUAGUUUAUCUAUACCUACUUUCUUCCUAGUUCCUGAGUGUUAACCUUAAUUUAUAUCCAUUGUCGGUACAUCCUAAAUCUAACCAUCUCUAUCAUUAUGACGUCUGAAGACAAAAUGACCGGUGAAAGCCCUGCAGUUACACUCACCAUAAGGCUUGUGAUGCUUGGAAAGGAAGUGGGAAGCAUUAUUGGAAAGAAAGGUGACACUGUGAAGAAGUUUCGAGAGGAGAGUGGAGCUAGAAUCAACAUAUCUGACGGAACUACAUACCCAGAGAGGAUCGUCACAAUAACGGGAUCAACGGACUCUAUUAUCAAAGCUUUCAAGAUGAUUACGAAUAAAUUUGAGGAGGAUUUAUCAAGUACAAUGCAGUCACCCACAGCACCGAAGCCCCCAGUGACUCUCAAACUUGUUGUACCUGCAAGUCAGUGUGGCUCAUUAAUCGGCAAGCAAGGGUGUAAGAUUAAGGAGAUUAGAGAGACAACAGGCGCUUCUAUUCAAGUGGCAACGGACAUGCUACCAAACUCAACAGAGAGGGCGGUAACAAUCUCCGGCACCCCAGAUGCCAUAACACAAGCUGUCUACCACAUCUGCUGUGUAAUGCUGGAGUGUCCUCCAAAAGGAGCAACCAUUCCAUAUAGGCCCAAAGCAACUGGUCCUAUUGUUUUCUCAGGGGGACAGGCAUAUGCGGUGCACGGUAACUAUGCCAUUCCACAACCAGAUUUGAGCAAGGUUCAACAACUCGCUCUCCAGCCGUCCCCGGUACCCUUUGCCCUUUCUGGACAGUCUCCUUACCCUCAAGGUGUCAUGUCUCACAUAGGUGGACUAACACAACCAAAUAACAACCCGGCUACCCAAACAACACACGAGAUACACAUUCCAAACAAUCUGAUUGGCUGUGUUAUUGGGCGCAAAGGGGCAAAAAUAAAUGAAAUAAGACACAUCUCUGGAGCAAAUAUCAAGAUAGCAGACUCGGUGGAAGGCAACCCUGACCGUUCGGUGACCAUCACAGGAACGCCUGAGGCUAUUCAUCUAGCUCACUAUUUGAUAAACACAAGGGUUACAACAGAAGCUUUGGCAAUAGCCACUCCGGCCACUAUAAGCUUGUACUAACAACCUUACUUGUCGAGUACAGGCAUGGAAUUGACAAACCACUAACAUUCAGUAACUAAGCGUUGUUCAGAUUUGAAAUUUGCACUUGUACAUGAAAAAUAUAGUAUUUGCCUAUGGCAUACAUAUACUAGUAUACAGGUAAAUAAAUAAAUUAUACAUAUAAGAGUAUGCAUUUAUAUAAGAAUGCAUAUAAAUUAUACACAUACUGUAUAUAUAAGAUUAAAUAUUAAAAGAUAUGGCUUACAGAACAUGCAUGAAUUAAGUCAAUAUAUAGUUGAAGCAUUUUGACUCGAUGGUUGCAGCUCAAAACUUCAUGCUUGGAUAUUUUGGCAGGGGCACAUUACGUAGCAUAUACCUAGAGUGGUUUCAGCCUUGUAUUUGGCAAAUUCCAUAAAACAAAAAAACAGGUGUGUAAGUGCGUAAUGAAUGGCUCAUCACUAGGAGUAUUUCUGAGGCAGUACUGUACAUUAAUAAUGUGUGAGCUGUAAAAUUCCUUGGGGAUUUAAAAUGUACUAUAUAAAUGUAUAAAGCAUUACCACAAGACAGAGUUCAUAUCUUUAUGUGUUACACAUAUAUACAUGUUACAUGUAUAUGUGAUACAUAUAUAUAUAUAUAUAUAUAUAUAUAUACAUAUACAUACAUAUAUAUAUACAUAUAUAUAUAAUAUAUUUAUAUAUAUAUAUACAUAUAUAUUUAUAUACAUAUAUAUAUAUAUACAUACAUAUAUAUAUAUAUAUAUAUAUAUAUCUAAAUCAUUGUUUCUUCAUAUAGCACUGUUUUCAGAAAUACUUGUUAUUUUAUAUACAGUAAGUAAAUACAUCACAGCGCUAUACAUCAUUGAUAUAUACAUAUUGCAUAAAAUAUUGAAUAUAUGCAUGUCCAUGUGUAUAUUUUGGGUAUACUUUUUCUUAUUAAUCUUGUGCUUUUCUUGGAUGACAGUUAAGCCUGAUUUUUUUCUGUAUUGUUCUUUUAAUUACCUAAUAAACUUCAAUUAUACCAAUUUAAUGUGGAUAAAAAUAGAAAUUUAACCGUUCUUUUAAUUUUUUUAUUCUCAAGUGUAAAGUGAUUGUACUGUACAAGUUUGUUUCAACAUAUUCAAAUUUUUGAUUUGAUACGAAAAAUACGAUUAGCAAAAUAUUGUUACAAUUAUGCUGCGUAUCGAAAAUUUUACCGAUAUGCUAACUGCCAUAAAAAGUCUUCUUUGGAGUAACAUUUAUGUAAAAUACAACUUCCAACUUGAUGCAAGGCAACACAUAGUUCGUAUUUAAAUAUUUUUUUGAGGAAUUAAAUUGGCCAUCUCAAGACAUGCUUUUACACUUGCGCUAACAAUUUUGCGACUGCGAUUAUAUAAAUGGGAAUGAUACACACUUUUAUCUAAAUCGCAGGGUAGAGGGUUUACCUUAUAGAGGCAUGUUAUAUAUUUUAGUAUGAGCAGACAGUACAUUAAAUGAGAUAUGUAAUUUUGGCUAUAUUCAGACACAAGUUACGCUAGCGUAACAUUAAUGGAGCAGCACGCUUGUAACAAAUGCCAGUAUUAUUGUGCAAUCACUAGCAUACAAUAAUCCAUCAACCAAACCCAAAUUAGCAAACCCAGGUCUAGGCACUAUUUGUUUUUCUUUUGUUAUUUAGUUAUGUCUAUUUUGAAAGAAGAUUGGGGAAGAAAAUAAUAACGUUUUAUGCAAUGACUAAACUACUAAAUCCUUUUCGAGCCACUAGGGCUCAUAGGGCUGGAGCUUAUUCCCAGUUUCUGUAGUGUGAAGCAGAUGAGAGUUGUACUCCUCCUGGACGGGACACUUCAUUGCAGGUUAGUCCCCAGCAGAUUGCUGGUACCCAUUGAUACAGCUGGGUAGACUGAAGCAAUGUAGCUAAAGUGCUUUGCCCAAGGACACAAGCGAAUCUGCACAGCGGAGACUCGAAACCCCGACCUUACGAUUGAAAGCCCAAACCUCAACCACUGCGCCAAAAUUCCGCUAUGCAAUGAGAUAAGGUAUUAACUCAGAGCUUUCUAUAAACCUAAAAAUCAAGAGAUUUUAAUUUAUUUAUAUAGAACUAUUUAGAGUCUAUUUCUCUUAUAAAUGGUAUGAAGAAAAUUAUUUGACUGUUAUUUAACUUUCUUGGUGUUUAUAUUUAGGUUUGUGUUAUUUUUGGUUGGUAAUUAUAAUGUAGAAAUUAUUGUUAUGUACUGGAAUAGAUGGCCAACAAACCAACUGUUAUAAAAAGUUUUACUGAUAUGUACUGUAUGUUAUAAUUGUGUUUUAUUCAGCACAUAUAGUUUUUUAAUAUUGCACUAGGUAAUCAGCCAUAUUGAAUGCUCUUGUCUAUACUACUUGAAAAUACAGUUCUAAUCUGGUGUUUGCUAAACAAGACAGUCCCAUCGCUACCAAUUUCGUACUGUAUACGUUGCAAUGGUCAUGCUGCAAUCACUCAAUGCACAUGUUUACAUAUGAAAGGAAUGUGACCAAUCAGAAAUUGGCGAGGCCAAAAUGUUUAUAUUUUACCCGUCAUAUAGGAUGAAUACUAGCUAAACAACUUAUCUUUAUGUGGAGCUACCACUGUAGAGGGCGUGAUCAUAUCAGAUGCAACUACGUCUCAAGGUGGUGAAGCCAGGCUGUUUACUGUAGUCAGCCUGUUAUAAAUUAAUGAAUGCGGGCUCACUAGAAUGAUGACAUAGGCAUGUGUACAUCACAAGGUGGUGAAGCCAGGCUGUUUACUGUAGUCAGCCUGUUAUAAAUUAAUGAAUGCGGGCUCACUAGAAUGAUGACAUAGGCAUGUGGGAUUGCCAUCACUGAGAUGUUAUUAUAUUUGCUUUGUAAGUAUUCAUCGACUCAGGUGACAGAAGUAUAAGGUGAUUAACUGUGCAGAAAUAAAAGUAAAGUUAAAUAA